UGAUCAAAUUGACUCUAUUUGUUUGCAAAAUGGACUUAAAUACUGCAUGGAUAGUCUUAGAUAUAGAACGUUACAACAUGGUUCAGAUGUUUUGCUCCUGAUGAUAAGAUAUCUCUCUCAUUAUGAUGACUGUUAUGUCGGACAGCGAUGAAGAUCUACAUGCUAAUGAAGAUUCCUCUUUGAUAAAGGGAGAGAAAUCAGUACGGGAACAUGGAGUUGGGAAGAUAAGUGGAAAAGCAUGGGGGCGUGUCAAGAAUAUAAUGACUCGCUCCCAGAAAUACCCCAACAGUGUAUACUUCAUUCUGGGAAAUGAAUUUUGUGAGAGGUUUUCCUAUUAUGGCAUGGGAGCUGUUUUGAUCCUGUACCUGACUAACUGGCUGGGAUUCAGUGAGGAUGUGGGGACCUCCAUAUUUCACUCCUUUAUCAUGCUUUGUUACUUCACUCCACUAUUUGGUGCCAUAUUGGCUGAUGGAUACAUUGGAAGAUACAAAACUAUACUGAUUCUUUCCCUUGUUUACGCCACUGGUAACCUAAUCAUGGCCUUCACUGCUCUACCUCCUCCUGAAUGGUACGGUCCAGCCAUUGGCUUGAUUCUCAUUGGUCUUGGUACUGGAGGAAUUAAACCAAACGUGUCAUCAUUUGGUGCUGAUCAGUUUAGGGCAGACCAGGAAAAAGAGAGAUACACUUUUUUCUCUGCUUUCUACUUUUCAAUAAACCUAGGAAGUAUGCUGUCCAUUGUUCUGACUCCAAUAUUGAGAGCUGAUGUUAAGUGUUAUGGCAAUGAAUGUUAUCCUUUAGCCUUUGGAAUUCCAGCAGCUUUAAUGAUUUUAGCCACAAUCAUCUUUAUUGCUGGAAGCAGCCUCUACAAGAAAGUGCCAGCCUCAGGAAAUCUAAUGAAAAGAGUGUUAAAAUGCAUAUUGUAUGGAUUGUGCGGAAAGAUGAGGAAUUGUGGUGAUCCUAAUAAAAAGGAACACUGGCUGUAUUACGCAGAAAACAAGUUUGAGUCAGACUUUAUCAGAGAGGUACAGAUUUUACUGAAGGUGCUUUUUAUGUUUUUUCCUGCUCCAUUUUUCUGGGCGCUUUCUAGUCAGCAGGGAUCUCGCUGGACGCUUCAAGCUGAAAAACUCAAUGGAGACUUGGGCGUCUUUGGGACUCUAAAGCCUGACCAGAUGUCUGCAUUAAACCCAUUCCUGAUUUUAAUCCUCAUUCCAAUAUUUGAAAAAUUAGUGUAUCCAUGUUGUGAAAAGUGUAACUUUCUUACAAGACCGCUACAAAGAAUGUCGGCAGGUAUGGUGCUAACUGUGAUAUCCUUCAUUAUGGCAGGGCUUCUUCAAAUCAAAAUAGAGACAAGUUUAGAAUCUCCAUUAAAAGAUACAGAGUCAGGGAUAUCCUUCUACAAUGCCUUACAUUGUGAUAUAAAUAUAAAAAUGGGAGGGACACUCAGCUAUAAAAUAGCUCCCUACGAGAAGAGUGAUUACAAGGUGAUAACUGCUGGUAAAUAUAAAGUUGACGUGAAAUCGUGUCUUCCUUCUGUUUCUCGUGAAAUGUCAUUGGUACCUCUAAAUGCCACCAGGAUAUUUGUUUGGUCUAAACACAGCAAUACAACUGAUAUAAAGAUAGUGGAUGAUUUUCAUUCACAUCCCUCUGAUGGGAAUUCAAAGCUAAGCGUAUUAAAUGGCGGAGCUUUGCCUGGUGCUCAGGUAGUUGUAGUCCACUCAAGUCAUCAAGGGAAUAUUUCCAAUCAGUCGGGGGUUUUCUAUCCUUCUUCAGAGCAAGAAAGACUUUCAUUCCAUACAAUUGCACCUGGAAGGUACAAAAUAUACUGGCAGGACUCAGCCAAAGGGAAUUGGACCAAGCUUAACAGCUCCAUCACCAUAGGACAAGGGGCUGUGUAUAAUUUAUUAAUAGCCAGAAAUGAAACAAAGGUUGUGACCCGUCUCUUGACCAGUGUAGAGGUUAACAGUGUCUCUAUCCUGUGGAUGGUUCCUCAGUAUUUUGUGGUGACUGUUGGAGAAGUCCUAUUUUCCAUCACAGGCCUCGCUUUUGCAUACUCUCAGGCCCCUACUACAAUGAAGUCAGUGGUUCAGGCAGCCUGGUUGAUGACUACAGCUAUAGGAAGUUUAGUUGUUGUUAUUGUAGUGCAAGUUCAAUACUUUACAUCACAAGUGGCUGAGUUUAUGUUCUUUGCUGCUCUGAUGGCUUUGGGUACCAUAAUGUUUAUGGUCAUGUCCUGUUUUUAUACUUACUAUAAUACAAGUUGUCUGGAUGAUAGAGAAGAUUUAAUCACCAAGGAAGAUAAUGGAGACAUUCCACUGAACGAUUCUAAUCAUCCUAAAAAUAAGUGAGCGUUCAGAUACCUUUGCACACUUUUCUUUUGGUCUCUCCUGAAUGGUCCUGAAAUUAAUUAUUCGUAAAAAGUAAACACAAUUGUGCUUGUG